CUUUUCUUCUUUUCUUCUUUUUUUUUUACUAUAGAAAAUUGUUUUGAUUUUUACUUGAUAGUUAAAUAUCAUUAUCACAGUGUUUUCCAAUCAUCGACCUAUAUUUUGACAUGGCUGAGAUUAUCAAUAGUUUAUCUGUUGGAGAAAUAUCUGCUGAGAAUGAAUCAACUUUAACUCAACUUCAAAACUCUACUGCUACUAACAACAGUUCUAACUUGACUGAUGAAUUGAAACUUAACCAAACACCAAGUUCUAAGGUCGAUGCUGAUGCAAGCACAAUCAACAAUAUUAGCAAAGUUUCCACUAAUACAGCUAAAUCAAAAAGAAAAACCUCGUGGGUCCCAAUUAUUCUUUGUAUUUCAAUUUCCUUCGGUGGUUUCAUUUUUGGUUGGGAUACUGGUACAAUAGGUGGAAUAUCCAAUAUGCCUGCAUUUUUAAGAAGAUUUGCUGACCAAAAGUUGAAUCCAAAUACUGGUGCAAUUGAAUAUCGUUUUGAACAAAUAAUUAUUGGUUUGAUUAUUUCUUCAUUUAAUAUUGGUUGCGCUAUUGGUGGUUUGAUAAUUCCUUCUCAAAUUGGUGAUAGAUGGGGACGUAGAUGGGGUAUCAUAAACUCAGUUUUGGUUUAUUUUGUUGGUUUAGUAAUCCAAUUAACUGCUACUUUUACUUCCAAAUGGUACCAAAUAUUAAUUGGAAGAGUAAUUGCAGGUAUUUCUGUAGGUGCCACUUCUGUUUUGGUUCCCAUGUUUAUCUCUGAAAGUGCUCCAAAAAAUGUUAGAGGUGCUUUAGUUGUUUUCUAUCAAUUAAUGAUUACACUAGGCAUUUUUACUGGUUAUAUAGCAGAUUUCAUUACCAAAACUAUUUAUAAAGACGACAGACAAUGGCAAAUUCCAUUAUCAUUAUCUUUUGUUUGGGGUUUAAUGAUUCUUAUGGCAACUUUUUACAUGCCUGAAAGUGCAAGAUUCUUGAUCGAAAAUGAUAGACAGAGCGAAGCAAUCAAUUCGUUAGCAAAGUUAAAUAAUGUUUCAAUAGAUGACCCAGUUAUCAAUGAAGAAGUUGAUGAAAUGGUUUCUAAUUUUGAAAAAGAAAAAGCUGCUAAACAAACAUUACAAACCACCAAUCCAUGGAUCGAAUUGUUAAAAGGACAACCAAAACUAGCCUUUAGAUUAUUGACUGGUAUCUUAAUUAUGUCCUUUCAACAGUUAAGUGGUUGUAACUAUUUUUUCUAUUAUGGAACAUCUUUAUUCAAUAAUGUUGGUAUGGAAGAUGGGUUCUUGACUGCUAUUAUUCUUGGUGGUGUUAAUUUUGUCUGUACUUUCUUGGGUAUCUAUAUUGUUGAAAGAUUGGGCAGAAGAGCCUGUUUGAUUUUUGGUUCAAUAUUAAUGGGUUUAUGCAUGGUUGUUUAUGCAUCUGUUGGUUCUUUUGGUGUGCAACAUGGUGAAGUGAUGAUAGCUUUUACCUGUUUCUAUAUUUUAGGAUUUGCUUGUACCUGGGGUCCUGUUGCAUUUGUGGUGGUUUCUGAAAUCUAUCCCAUUAGGGUCAAGUCUCAAGCUAUGGCUCUAGCAACUUCAACUAACUGGAUGUUCAACUUUGUUAUUUCUUUAGUUACUCCAUUUAUUACAAGUAAGAUUGGCUAUAAGUUUGGUUAUUUCUUUGCAGCUUGCUUGCUUGUCAGUGGAAUCUUUGUUUCUAUUUUUAUGCCUGAGACGAAAGGUCUAGCUUUAGAAGAUGUUGAUAGACUAUAUGAAGUAUCUGAAGGUUACUCGAAGAUGUACAGAGCAAGAAAGCAUCUUUACUAUGAUCAUUAUGAAUGAAUGUGUAUUAUAUUACAUGAAAACUCCCCAAAAAAAUUAAAAAAAAUUAAAAAAAAAAACUGUUUAAAAUAAUGGUUCAAUCAACUAUUUUUUUAUCACUCAAUAUAAUUUACUUGUCAUUAGACUUUUGUUUUAUCUUUCCGAUCCAAAAUUAAUUUUUGGAUAUUUUUCUUUCAAUGUUUGUUAAUUUUCAAUUUUCAAUUUUAAUACUUAUGAUUUAUGAUUUAUUUUUUUAUUAUCAGUUUCUUCUGU